CUUCUCAUUCAUUCUUACAUGUUGUCAGGUUGGCAGUAAACAAAAGAGAAUUACGAUUAUUACAAAUAUUUAUGCGGUGGCACAAAAACAAUGAGCAAUCUUAAGCAAGAUCUCGAUGAAUAUUUGCUGCUGCAAAGCGAUCAGAAAAAGAAUUUCAAUGUGAAACUGCCACAGCUCAAAGUGCCGUCCGGCCUCUCACAAAUCUUCUCGCGCUCCGAUGAGACACCUGAAGCAAACAGUUGGCUCAAGGACACACAGGAUUCCUGCUGUCCCAAGCUGUCACGACUGCAACGCAUUGUGGGCUUUGUAGCCUGUCUCGGCAUGGGCUGCCUUUGCAUGACACUCUCCACACUUUACAUACCCGUCCUGAUGCUGAAACCCAAAUUUGCGCUGCUUUUCACAUUGGGCAGUCUCUUCUUCAUCAUUAGCUUUUGCUUUCUCGUCGGCUUUCAGACGUUCUUCAAGCAAAUGUUCUCCAAACCGCGACUCCUCUCAUCCAUCUCCUACAGCGGUUGUCUGAUAACAACGCUAUACUUCGCCCUGGUGGCAAAAAGCACCGCGUUUACGGUGCUGUUUGCGGUGGCCCAGAUUAUCACGCUGCUCUUCAUGCUGCUGGGAAUGGUGCCCGGUGGAGCGACGGGUCUCAAGUUCUUUGGGCAGUUGUUCAAGAGCAGCGUCUCAGCGUCGUCCAGUGCGCUUCCCGUUUAACACCCACGAAUCACUUGCAAAUUAUACAAAUUAUUUAUUAAACGUUAAUAAACAACUUUUAUGUGAUA